AUGGGACUUUUUUCAAAGAAAUCAGAGAAAACUGAUGUUGGUAAAGUACCAAAAGUUCACGUCACCAAAGACGACACGGACAGACUCAAGUACAGAUCAAACAACAUUCACGACCCCAUCUUGAUGGCUGUCAACGAGGCUCAGCCGUUCGAACAAUCAACGGACUACACUCAUGCCAGACAACAAUCGUUUAGUAAUAAGUCGGGCGAUGGAGAGUACAUCCGUGACAUUUUUGGACAACCAAUCAAUAACCCCGACGUUUCCAAUCCUGCCAGAUCGAGAGACGAGAGGCCUUUAGAUACGAUCCGUUCCUUUGAAUAUGCCAUCACUGGAGAUACUACUUAUAAACAACUACUGGAGACCCCGACUUUAGGUUGGAGGGUACGUCCUGAUUUUCCAGGUUAUGAGUCCGGCAGAAACUACGAAUAUCACGACAGAAUGAGACCUCGUCCCCCCAUUGCUGGUCAAAACCCCGUGAUCUCGUUUUCAGGAGAUCAGAAUACUUUUGAACAGGAUGUUAAUUCACCAACGGGAAGUGGUGGUAAGGGCAAGAAGAAGAGAGGAUUAUUUGGUAGAAAGAAGGAGUGA